AACCAAUCUUUUAUAAUCUUAUGAAGGCAUGACAUCUACAGAAUUCCCGUGGGUUGGUAGCACAGGUCUCGGAUAUAAUGAUGAAACUGGUGGUAGCACACAUACCGGCUUCGGAUAUGGAGAUGAAACUGGCGAUAGCAAACAUACUGGCUUCGGAUAUAAUGAUGAAACUGAUGGUAGCAUACAUACCGGCUUCGGAUACAAUGACAAAAAUGAAGAGAGUGGAUCGAUUGCGAGCUCGAUAACAGCUACAGAACUCCCUUGGGGUGGUAGCACAGAGUUUCCCGAAUUCCCGUGGGAAAGUCAGUAUCAGUACAAGAGCAGAGUUUACAAAAUACAACAGCACACUGAGAGUCUGGGUCUGCUCCGAGCAACUGCCCUUGCCAAUGUUUGGGCUAAUUAUCACUUCUUAGGUUGUUCGUAUCCUGUUCCCGUCCUUGAAUCUAUUAAAGAUUGGGAUCCUCCACCAAAAAACCAAGAACUUGAGGAAAAAUUAGCAGAAUUACAACAGCUAGAAAAAGAGGCAAUGUACGAUGAAACCCUGGUCAACCAGCGUUUAAAAUUAAAAGAUCUAAAAUUCAAGAUGUACUACAGUGGGUUUGAACAGCAGCCUCCACCAGUUGUACUGUUUUACAACUCUUCUCAAACUUGUAAAGUCCCCUGCUCCUUUGUGGAAAAUGAGGGUAUAUCAGAAGGUAAAAGAACGGUUUCUCUUUUCAUCAAUGACGUUCAUGUUUCUGAUGGUAGGGCCACUAGUUUUAAGGACGCUAAGCACGCUUGCGCUGACAAUGCUCUAAAAUAUCUGAAAAAGAAAGGUUUGGUUAUCGUAUCUCCUCAAAAUGUUGACGAAGAGGCUGUCGGUAAAAUUUCUAAGGACAUUUUGACUGGCAAAGGUAGCGGUAAAGGAGAUGAUUAUGAGGAAAACAGAAUAGCUGAGGAUAACGUGGGGUGUAAGCUCCUGAAAGCAAUGGGGUGGACUUCCGAUACUGGACUUGGCAAGGAUGGGCAGGGCAGAGUAAAUCCUAUCAGUACUAUUGGCCAGUUGAACCGGGGUGGACUUGGCUCCCAAAACUCGGAGGCUGGUAUUUGUCACCAAUCGGUAAAACAGCAGCUCCUCGACUUUCUCCGGAACGCAGAUCUCAUGAAACUAGAAUUCACGGAUGAGUUGGACAACUUGGAGCGGAAAAUGAUACACAAGUUGUCAGGAAAGUACGGGUUGAAGCACAAGAGUAGAGGGAGCGGCGCCAGUAGGAAGUUGGUGGUGUGGAAGGAGGAAACGUCUGUAAGUGAGAUUUUAGCUGAACCCGUCACGCAAUUUGACGAGGAAGAUAAUGAUUUUCAGAUGGGAGCCGAAGCGGGGGCAGACCUUGAUGACAGCUCAACAUACCACCUGAACUCACUCUCACUUGACCCUCUGGUCGAGGGGGAAUCUGAUAUCGUCAUGAGCUCUGGCAAACGGAAAAUGGAAGUGGCUCCAGCUCAGAGUAAAGUGUCUAGAAAUACUAACGUGCAUUUUGACUACAACAACACCAAUUCUCGUUCUAAGAGGGGAGCUAAAAAGUCAUCUGGACAGCGAAAAAGGGGUGGAGAGAGGACGAUAGAACAUCGUCAGCCUGAAAAUCAGUCGAAAAAGUAUUCUAAAUCACGGGGACCGUUCAGGGAGGGCUAUGUAGAUCCGUAUCUUGUUGAGCCUCCUCGGGAAACUUACCGUAGACCUGGCUUUGAAACCGAGCAGCAGUUUAGUAGGAAUCCUAAUUGGAGAUCCGAUCCUCCUCAGUCCAAUAACCGUGCGGCACGAGGACGAAGAGGUGAAGGGUAUGUUGAAGACCCAUCUAGAGACCCCAGGACACAUUAUUCUUCAGGGUUUGGUAUAUACCGCCAUAUGAAACCUAGGACUAGAAGAUGAGGUUAUCAGUAUGAACAAUUAAUAUUGAUGUAUCCUUUACAAAUAACAGAACUUUUUUGACAUUUGAUACAUCUUGUAAGAAUGGAAAUAUUGUGAUUAGAUAAGACGAUACUCUUGGUAUUUAUUUGACUUUUGGGAUUUGAGGUAUCUGACGAAAAACGGUUUUUGUUGCGAUAUCAAUAAAUUUAUUAUAGCAGACAAAUGCAAAUUCAGGAUUUCAGAUUUUAUUUCUAUAGAAAUGAUCCCUAAGUUUCAACUGAACUACACUCAAGUUUAUUUCCUUUAAGUUUAUAAUGCUUAAAACCCGAUUCAAGAGCUUCAGAUUGAAAUUAUUUGUAGAGUUAGAACUUGGAGGUUUAAACAUUAAAGUUAUUCAUCGGCUGAUGUAUCGCGGAAAAUUGUAUUAUUCGAUUUAUGAAACUGGUUUCCGAUUGAAGUGAGUCUU